UUAAUUUUUGGCGUACGUAGUUCAUCGCACUUCUAUAUAUAGUUAGUUCUAAUGUUAACAUAUUUUGUUAUUAAUAAAAUUAAAUAUUAGAAUCCCGUUAAAAAUAUUUAUUUUUUGUACAAAAAUAAUAAGUUGAUAAACCAUCAAUUGUUGCAUUAUGGAUUUUGAAAAAUUAAUACUCGGAAUUGACAUAGGAACAAGUUCAGUCAAAAUUUCACUUUUAGAUAGCUGCACUUCAAAAUCUGUUUAUGCAAAAUCGGUUCCAACUAAAGCAAAAAUGAAUCCUAGUCAUCAAAAAGGUGAUGAGCAAGAUGUUGUCAAAAUUUUGCAAGCAAUGCAAGAAUGCUUAAAGUCACCAGGAAAAAUUAUGGAAAAGGUAAAAGCGAUUGGUAUUUGUGGUCAAAUGCAUGGAAUAGUUUUCUGGAAUGAAAAUUUUGUACAAACAUUUUGGGAGAAUGAUUUUAAGAACGAUACAGAGAAAUUGGUAUCUAGUUUAUAUACAUGGCAAGAUGCACGUACAGAUAUAACAUUUUUGUCUAAGCUGCCAAAACCUCAUUCUCAUCUAAAUACAUAUUCAGGUUAUGGCUGUAAUACUAUUUUUUGGUUAAAAGAAAAUCAACCAGAAAUAUUGAAUAAUUUUAAGCAUUGUGGCACAAUUCAAGAUUUAGUAGUAUCAAUACUUUGUAAUCAAGGAAAGCCAAUCAUGUCUACUCACAAUGCAGCAAGUUGGGGAUAUUUUGAUGUAAUUGACUGUUCCUGGAAUACAGAUAUACUAAUUGAAGCAAAUUUUCCAGUUCACCUAUUACCAUCAGUUGUACAGCCUGGAAUAAAUGUAGGGACAUUAUAUGAAACAAUUUAUCAAAUACCAAAAGGCAUAGUAGUUGGUGUUGCUCUUGGUGAUUUACAAUGUUCAGUAAUAGCCACAUUAACAACAAUGACAGAUGCUAUUAUUAACAUUUCAACUUCUGCUCAAGUUGCAUUUAUAACCAAAACAAUUGAGACACAAUAUGAUGGUAUUGAAUAUUUUCCAUAUUUUGAUAACCAUUUCUUGGCAGUAGCAGCUUCUUUGAAUGGUGGAAAUGUCAUAGACUUUUUUGUUAGAUCUGUGCUUAGCUGGAUAUCUGCUCUUGGAUUGACUAUAACUGAAGAUGAACUAUGGAAUAGAUUAUUACAUUUAUCAACCGAAGAACAUUUGACAACUCUUAUAGUAAACCCUUUAAUUUUUAGUGAAAGACAUGAUCCAACAACGUUUGGUUCAUUAAUAAAUAUAACAAAUAAUAACUUUACAUUACCAGAAAUAUUUUCAGGUUUUUGUAAAGGAAUGGUUAAUAAUUUACUCAAAAUGAUGCCAAGAGAAAUAUUAUUGAAAGCUGGAAUUCAAAGAAUUAUAGGAUCAGGAUCAGUCAUAACUAGAAAUCAUAUAAUAAAAAAAGAAAUAGAACAUUGUUUUAAUCUCCCACUAAGUGUAAAAAUGCCAGAAGAUUCUGCUUUUGGUGUUGCUUUAGCAUUAUUGAAGAAUAAUCCUUAUUUAUUUAAUUAAUAAAAAAUAAUUAAUUUAUUUUAUUA